AUGACAUCGUCACUAAAGGAGCUACGCAUUGUUUUAAUUGGAAAAACAGGCCAUGGAAAAAGCUCGACUGGUAAUUCAUUAUUACAUUCUUCGACCGCUUUUUGCGCUUUAGAAUCAGGGUCAUCAAUCACAAGAAAAUGUGAAGUCGGAAAGGUCUCAUAUACAGACAACAACGCUCAACUGAGAGCUCUCACGGUUGUUGAUACACCAGGAUUUUUUGAUACUGAUCCAAACUAUACUAAUGACGUGAUUAAAAAACAAAUUGCAUCUCAAAUCUUUGAGAUGACCACACCAGGUGUUCAUGCUUUUCUGAUUGUCGUUAGUAGUACCAUCAGAUUUUCACCUGAAGAAAAGGCUACAAUCGAUUUUAUUCGAAAUAUUUUCGGUGAUAAGGCUGCUCAAUAUUGCAUCGUCGUUCUAACGGGUGUAGAUCGAUUACAACAAAAAAGUCCGGAAGAGUUUGUUAAUACAGCACCAGCAUUAAAAGAAUUCAUUCAGAUCUGUGGCAAUCGCUUAUUUGCUAUGAAUAAUACAUUAGUUGGUGAAUCAUUGAAAACAAAAACAAAAGAACUAAUUAAGAUGAUUGAUGAUAUGGUGAAAACUAAUAAUGGUACUUAUUACACCAAUGCAAUAUAUAUAGAAAUUGAAAGACAAAAAGAGGAAGACGAGCAAAAUCGAAAAGAAGAAGAACGGAGAAAGAAAAAAGCUGAAGAAGAUGCAUUGGUAGCACGAAUAAGAGAAGAAGAACGAAAGAAAGCAGAAGAGCGAGAACGACGGAUUCGUGAGGAGGAAAGACAAAGAGCAGAACAACGCAACGGACCGGGUACAUCUUUUGAUUUCAUGCGCUAUUUGACAAGUGCUUUUGGCGCAACUUCAAUAAAUGACUAUGCGUACAUGCCACAUUCAACAUCCAGACCUGUCAGUGCUAGUCCAUAUGGAGGUCGAUUGACGGGUGAAUAUAUGUCCACGACAGGUGCUGCGAAUGGUCGAGCUAUCUAUGAAGGACCAAAGGGUGGCCGGUAUCAUAUUACUGAAAGUGGUAACAGGAGCUACAUACGAAAAUGA